AUGGGUAUGAAACGAAAAAUUCUGUUAUCGACCGUCCUUUUGGCGGUUGUGAUACUCUUUACAGAAGUAUUUGUUUUGAACGAUUACCUUCCUUCAAUUAAAAAGCAUCAUAAGAGACCGGCUCGACUGUCUAAGACUGAGGAACUAAUUCAUUUUAAGCCUGACUCGCGCACUCGGACAAGAAACAAGCCGGUUUCAAGAAAGAAAAAUGCCACAGUGCUGAAUGGACCGAACAGGUUGAAAACCGAAAGUGUUACUCAGAACCAGAAUGAGGUUAACCUCAUACCGAAUCGGCUUUCUGAUAAAGUGAACGGGAUCGACAAUAGAAUAAUGCGGAAGAAACUUCAGGUUAUACCAGGAGGUAAAAGCUCGAGCGUUACUCAGGUUAAGUUAAAGAACCAAAAGAGUAAACGAGCGAAAUCAACGGCGAAACGUGUAAAGACAGGUAAGCGUGUAUUAAUUUACACGCCGUUGUUUACAGAUAAGCCGUGGCAGGGCAUCAAUGAUACAUACGGAUUCACUCAUUAUAGAGGGGCGCCCUGUCCAGUAACUAACUGCUCGCUUACAUAUAGACACCGUUUGUUUCCCCGUAGCGAUGUUGUUAUUUUUCACGGCCAGGACAUGCCAGAUACGUUCGAGUUGGAAGAACUAAACAGCCGCCGCCCUAAAGGACAAAUUUGGAUCUAUUUUGUCCUGGAAAGUCCCUCCAAUGCAAAGGAUACUUACUUUUUUCGAGACAUGUUUAACUGGACAAUGACCUACGAGAGGAAUGCAGAUGUCUUCCUACCCUACGGUUCGUAUGUUACCCUCAAACCAGGUGAAAAAUCUUCUUACGGGCAAAUUAACCCAGAUAAGAAGGACCGUCUUGUGGUUUGGACAGUAAGUAAUUGUGGUGGAUUGCGCGACUGGUUUGUCCGAGAACUGAAGAAUCACAUUCGUGUUGAUAUUUUUGGUUCUUGCGCUGAUAACGUGUAUCAGCCGCAUUUGCAAGACGAGGAAUGUGAAAAAGACUCUCCGGAAUGUGAAAAUCUCCUUAAGCGCUACAAGUUUCAGUUGGCAUUUGAGAAUGGUAAUUGCGUCGAUUAUGUUACUGAAAAAUACUGGGGGGGACCCUUAGAACUGGGGAUUGUCCCUGUGGUUUUAGGAGGCGCAAAUUACUCGGAGAUGGCCAUUCCAGGAUCAUAUAUCAACGUUUUCGACUUCGAUUCCAUAAAGACGUUAGCCGACUAUCUUCUUUAUCUUGAUAAAAACGACACUGCUUAUAUGGAGUAUUUUGUUUGGCGGAAGCUGUACAAGGUCGACGGAUACCUAACCGGGGCUACUUUUAACAAACACUAUCCUUGGACGUGCGAUAUAUGCGCGAAAGCUCAGAAUCCAAAGCGUAAGAGUUACAAGAGGAUAAGUGAUUUCAGAGACGUUUCAACGCACUGUGGAUUACACGAAGACAAAUUAUAUGAGUUGAUGAGUCCUGACGGUGACAAUGACUUCAGAUCCAUCGAAAACCGCAAUAGCGCUGCCACUGCGGAUAUCUCUCGGGAAGAUAGUCAAGAAGAUGAUGAAGAAGAAAAUGAAGACGAUGAGGAAGACAACGCUUGGGAUAAGGAGGAGAAUGCAGAAGAAAAUACAGUUAAGAUGAAAGAAAAUAAAGAAGGGAACGACGAAAGUAACACAGUUAUUAAAGGAAGAAAAAAGUGA